AUGGCCUAUGACCGCUUUGUAGCUAUCUGUUACCCACUGCAUUAUACUCUGGUGAUGAGCCCUCCGGUGUGUUUAAAACUGGCUGCAGCAUCUUGGACCACGGGAAUAGUGGUGGAGUCAGCCCAAAUCACUUCGAUCUUCAUUCUGCCCUUCUGUGGAACAGGGAAGAUUCAGCACUUUUUUUGUGAUGUCAUGCCUGUGGUGAAACUGGCUUGUGUGGACACUUCCCACCAUGAGAUUGUGUUUUUUAUUGUCUCCGUGCUCUUCAUCAUGAGUCCCUGCCUCCUCAUUCUGGGCUCCUACAUGCGCAUUCUUGUGGCCAUCGUGAGGACCCCCUCAGCAGCUGGCAGACGGAAGGCCUUCUCUACCUGCUCCUCUCACAUCCUGGUGGUUUCUCUGUUCUAUGGAACUGCCCUAUUCACUUAUCUCCAACCCAAAAGUGCGCACACUGCAGAAACAGACAAGGUAACUGCCCUCAUGUACACAGUGGUCACUCCUGCUUUGAACCCUGUCAUCUAUACCUUGAGGAACAAGGACGUGAAGGAAGCCUUUUACAGGGUAAUUCAAACGAGCCAUCUUUGA